AUGGUUCUCGUAGCAGGAAAUCUAUCUUUAACCAGUAAAGUAAUCCUUAUCCCGACAUUAUCAUUUACUUUCAUCUUUGGCACUAUUGGCAAUAUCUUAGUCUGUAUUGCUAUAUUAACCAAUCGCAAAUUAAAAACGGCUACCAAUGGAUUUAUCCUAUCACUUGCUAUUGCCGAUUUACUCGUUUGCGAUAUUACGGUUCCUAUCGCCUUAAUUGGUCUAUUCCAAGAUCCUCGUCCCCGUGCAGCCCUUUUAGCUGGCGAAUUGGCCUUAUCCGGGGUGUCGUCUUCACAAAUUCAACUCGCUGUAAUAAGUAUUGAUCGUUAUAGAGGCAUCGUUUAUCCAGACAAACCGCGUCUAACAUGGAAGGAAGUUAAAUAUAUCGUUCCUCCCUUAUGGUUGUUGGCCAUUACGGAAACUUGCCUAGUGGUUUUCAACUGGCCACACGAUAUUCGAUUUGCACUCAUUCAUUUCUACUGGUUUUGGUUUAUUGCUACUAUCACCAUUAUAUGUUAUACCUUGAUCUGGAGGAAUAUUGUUUUGCAUAAUCAAGAUGUCGCUGGAGCUUUACGUCAUUUAAAACAAGCAAGAAUUAAGAAAGAAAAGAGAGCAUUUAUCAUGAUUAUGUUAGUUGUCUGUUGUUUAUUAUUAUGUUGGUCACCAGCUGCUAUAAUCUAUGGCAUUUUUUUGAUGCAAUAUACAGACAAAUCCGUCUCCGACAGUAUGCGCGAACCGCUCAAUGUUUUAGUCGCUUUUGGCUACUUUAAUUCGUGCAUUAAUCCUUUCAUAUAUAACUUGAUGAAUUCCACGUUUAGAAGUACCUUUCGUAAAAUUUUAACCAAUUUUUGUCGUCGGAUACGUGGCCGAUCUUUAACUAAAGUAUCACCAAUACCCGUUAGUAGUAGUAGCGUACAAGAUGUUCGACGAAUUGCCGUCAACAAUCAGAAGGAUAGUAGUACCACAUAA